AUGGCGGCGGCCUCCCCCUCCCGCCCUCACCGCUCGACUUCCGCCGGAAGUAGCCGCUCCCGGAAGUGUUGCCGUGGUAACGCGCUGGAGGGGAGCCGCCGAGCAGAGCUGCUCCAGCCCUUUUCCUGUGUUUGGGAAUAUCAAGAGCAUAUUAAGUGCUGGGUGAGCAAACAGCUGGUGACUUUUGUGAGUACUUCUUGGGGUGAAAGUCCAGAAGACACGAAGUCAAUAGCCUUUCCUGACAGCAUUUCCGAGCACACACUAAUACCACUCUUCCCUCAUUUUGUUAGUGAUAAGGACCAUCAGGAAGCUGACUGGGUCAGUAUCCACAAGCAAAUAUGCCAGCUGCUGGUCCCAAUCCGCACGUCCCUCCCCUGUCCCCCUACGGAAAGAGAGAGAAAGCAUGGCAUGGAGCAGCUGCUGAGGAGGCAGAAACACAUCAUCGACGUGGCGUACAGCACAGCCCAGGAGUUUGUUUGGGGUGGGAAGCACGAGGAAGCGCGGCCGGCAGCUCUGCAUGCGCUGCGCUUCAGCAUCGAGGUGUACAGCUCCGAUUCCCUCCAACUGGUGCCUGCUUAUCUCCUCUUGGCUGAGGCCUCCGCUGGUGCUGGACAUCUCCCAGAGGCAUCAAAGUAUCUGUCCCAAGCCGAGUGGCUCAUCCUCAGAACUCCAGACUGCAGUGCUGCUGUUCAGUACAAACUGCAUCGCAGUCUGGGGCUGUUCUGUGCUGCUAAAGGGGACUUUGAGAAGGCUUUGUACCACCUGGCAAACGACGUUUACCUCGCCAGUUCUGCGUUUGGACUGAAGUCCAUCGAAGCCUCUGGAGGCUAUUUCCACAUGGCUGAUAUUUUCUUCCGCCAGAACAAAAUGGACAUAGCAAACUCACUCUACGCCGAGGUGACCGGCGCCUGGCAUUCCUUUCUCCUGAAGUCACUCCGAGCCCAGCAGCAGGUUCUCAAGUCACAACCGGCAACAUCCCCGUUCACCGAGGACAGGGAAGUCAGUGAGGAGCCCAUGACUGAAGCCCAGCAAGUGGAAGGAAUCCGAGUGCUGAAUGCCAUAUUAGACAUCAGAGAACAGGCACCAACACAACAACCUGGGGAAACUGCCAGAGUCCUGCACGCUCUUGCCAUGCUUCACUACCUGCUCUUGGAUAUACCAAAGGCUCGGGAGCUGGGGCUGAAAGCCUUUGAGCUGGCCAAGCAACUGCCCCAGCAGGAGUCUCUAGAACCCCUCGGGCACUUGCUGAAGCUGAUGGACAUGGAGCCUUCCUCCACAAAGUGAAGAACUUCCCACCAGAGCAGCUCCUUGGCCUGUGUUUGGAAAUCAAUUCCUGUUGGGAUGAGCCCGCUCUCAUGGACCACCCAACCUCCAUAGCCU